CCUUUAUAAUGGCAGAACAUGCAUUAAUUUGCAUUGUCGGUCUUAUUGAGAUUCCUGACACAAUGGCGGGACAGUUGCCUGAAAAGUACAUGGAUCAACUGGAGUCCUGGAUUGGAACGGGACCUAAGACAUUUACACUGCUGUACAAAAUAACCAGGGACGGGUGUAACGCUACAACAUUCCACCAGAUGUGUGACAACCAGGGACCAACCGUAACUGUUCUGUACAACCAACAGGGCUCGGUGUAUGGGGGGUAUGAGAGUGCGAGCUGGACCAGUAGUGACGACUUUAGAGAGGGGAUUCUGAGCUGGACCAGAAGGGACGAUUUUAGGAAUCCGAAUGUGAGAUUGACCAGUAGUGUCAAUUUUGGGCAAAAUAGGUAUGGAUUAAUAGAUAGGAAAAUAAGUGAGGUACGAGAUAUCCAAGAUAGGAAUUCGUUCCUGUUUCAAUUAAAGUAUUCUGGUAGUGAUCGCUUUACCAUGUUUUCUGUAUGCCGCCCUGUGUAUGGGUGGGAAGGAAUGAGCUCUUAUGGACCGUGCUUUGGUGAAGAUCUGAUAACCUUCACAGGAACAGUUAACCAAGCUGAAGGCUUAUUCUUCCCAUUAAACGGUGCCAUGUCCAUUGGGAACUACUCCGAAAGUCAUGGUCUAACAGGGGACCAAAUCAACAAUGGAAAUAUGUACGUCACCGAGCUAGAGGUUUACCGUGUGACAGAUGGACAAAGAAAAAAGAAACCUACUCUACCUUGGAGAAAAACUCCUGAAUGGAAUGAAAAGUUUCUUGAGACGCUAACCGAGGACAUCGUAUCGUUCAAACCUUCGGGAAAGCUUGGACUCUCAGAUAUCCGUAUCCUGUUGCUGGGUCCAGUGGGUACGGGCAAGUCGAGCUUCUACAACACCAUUGACUCGGUGCUCAAAGGUCGUAUCUCUCAAAGGGCUCGAUGUGGGAAUGCUACACAUAGUAUUACAACUGCGGUUCGUAUUUUAAAGGUGCGUUCUGGAGCAUCGUUGAAUUUCCGACUCUGUGACACACGUGGUUUGGAGGUUACUCAGGGUCUUGACAUUUUGGAAUGCAGCUACUUGCUAGAUGGGAGCAUUCCAGACUAUUACGAAUUUAACCCAGCCACGCCAAUCUGUCCCGACCAUCCCGGGUUCGUGCAUCAUCCGAGAGUACCGGAAAAGAUUCACUGCGUUCUGUUUGCAAUCGACGCUAAAACUGUGGGCGACAUUCCACCAAAAUUGGUCGAAAAGAUGAACAGCUUUCAAAAAAUAAUGAAUCACAAAGGUAUUCCACAAGCCGUUCUGCUGACCAAAGUCGACCUUGCCUGUCAUGAUGUAGCCAGUAAAAUCUCCAACGUGUUCACCAGCACAAAAAUAGAGGAUGCAGUGGACAAGGUAUCCGGGCUUCUCGGGUUGCCAAGAAACAACAUACUUCCAAUUAAGAACUACGAGAAUGAGAUGCAGCUGGAUGACAACAUCAGUAUCCUGGCGUUGCUUGCUCUGCGACAAGUUUUGUACUUUGCAGAAGAUUACAUUGAGAGCAUUCAGGAGAAGAUGAGCGCGCUCAAACUGUCAUCUCAGAGGCUUACAAAAGGGGAUGUCGUACAGAAAAGCGGCGACUUUGUAAAAGAAUAACUAGCGACAAAUAGUAACCUUUCCAAAUAAAAUCGACAUCACAACUUAUUGUUUGAUUAAGUUCACAAAAACUAUGGUAUCCAAUGAGAGGCCGAACACACAGGGGAAAUAAAGAGAAAUGCAGCGACAAAGAAUACUAAAAACACUUCAAUUAUGGUAUAGUUUGGGCACCAUAUAUUGAAAUAACGUGUAAC